AUGGCGCCUCCCGAAGCCCACCACCUUUUCCACCACCCUAUUGCCGACCACUCCUUCGCUGCGGACAGACGCAGUCUCGCGGUGGCCAGGGAUAAUGUCGUUGAGCUCUAUGAGACUAGUGGUAAUAAGUAUACCUUGAAAGAGGAGCUUAAAGGCCAUGAUAAGACCGUUACCAGCGUUGAUAUCGCUCCUAAUAGUGGGCGGAUUGUGACCUGUUCCCAAGACAGAAAUGCCUAUGUAUGGGAACAUACAGAGUCUGGGUGGAAGCCUACUCUCGUGUUACUCCGAAUUAACCGUGCCGCAACUUUCGUUCGCUGGUCUCCGUCGGAGCAGAAGUUUGCUGUCGGUUCAGGCGCCCGCGUUGUCGCAGUUUGUUACUUCGAGGAGGAGAACGACUGGUGGAUCUCGAAACACUUGAAGAAGCCGAUUAGAAGCACUAUAACCACACUUGGAUGGCAUCCCAACUCGGUUUUCCUUGCAACUGGCUCGACCGAUUCGCAUUGCAGGGUGCUUUCCAGUUACAUCAAGGGGAUCGACCAGCGCCCGGAGCCCAGUGUUUGGGGUGAGAGAGUGCCAUUCAACACCAACUGUGGAGAAUACUUGAACGACUCGGCAGGAUGGGUGCAUGGCUGCGCCUUUUCCCCAAGCGGCGACGCGCUGGCAUUUACUUGCCAUGAUAGUAGUGUAACCGUGGUUUAUCCUUCUGCGCCGGAUCAGCCUCCUAGAGCGAUGUUGAACAUCAGCACGAGGCUGCUGCCGUUUAUGAGCCUGGUCUGGACUGGAGAGAAUGAAAUAAUUGCGGCUGGCCAUGACUGUCAAGUUUACCGUCUGAACGGAGAUGCGUCUGGCUGGAAGAUGGUUGGGUCAUUGGAGACCAAAACCGGGGCAGAUAGAGGUGCCGUGGCUGAGGAAUCUGCUCUCAAUAAAUUUAGACAGAUGGACCUGAAGGGUAGCACCAAAGAUGAUUCCAAGCUACAGAGUGUUCAUCAAAAUACCAUCUUAACUCUUAGGAUCUACGAAGAGGCCGGCGGUGCUGUCAAGAAAAUCAGCUCGAGCGGCGUCGACGGUAGGGUCGUGAUUUGGGAUGUGUAA